AUGACCAAGUGUUUUAAUACUCCUCUUUGUAAAAUUGGUCGUAUUGAAAGUCCUUGGCAUAAUGCUGCCGGUUUGCCUACACAAGUUCCAAUGCGUUCGUGGACUGCCAAUAAUGCAUUUACUGGGUCGUUACAACAACAACACCAACAAUCGUCAUCCUCAUUAUCCUCUGAGCAACAAGCAAUAAACAUGACAUCUACAUCGUCUUUCAUAACAUCUACAAAUAAUGCUACCACCGGUAUAUCUGGGAAUCCUUUAUUACCAUCUGAUAUUCUAGUAGAAGAUCCUGGUAUAUUGGCGGCGCCUACUUCUACUUCCACUCCUACUUCUACAACUGUGAUGAAUAAUUGUAAUCUAUCCAAAUUAAAGUUAAAUAAUCUCUCUCAGGCAAUAAAUAUUAACCAUGCAUGCCUUUCAUCAUUAACAAAUAAUAAUUAUUUAAAAGUACAUCCUGCCGAUCAUAAUAUUAUGACUAAUGAUUUGAGAAGUGAUCACAUACAAAGUUGUACGAAUGACAACAGCUCAACUAAUCGAUUAUUAUUAUCAUCAUUUAAUCAUGAUUGUUUAUGCCCUACAGAGUUUAUGAAUGAUGUUAAUAUGAUUACAAAUUUUCCAAUUGAUUCUCCUGCAUCUCAAUCAUCUGCUGAAUUCGAUCGUCGAACAUUUUUAAACGAAGAAUCAUCGGCUAGAUCUCUAUUGCAUAACACUUCAGAUAGAAAUCUCAACGGACUUUCAGAUUCUUCUGAACAGUUGAGAUCGAUUGUAGACAGUACUACAUAUACCCAACAACAUCAACAUCAUAAUCGUAGUACAAACGAAACUUCAACCAAUCGGAUAUCAUUCUCUUCACCUGCUAGCAGUUCUGUGAACAGUUUGGAUAUAUCUAGUUCAAAUAUAACACGAAAUUUUUUAUCUACACCAAUUAACAACAGUUAUUCAGCAUCGAAUUGUUUAACACCUUCAAUUGAAGGUACUAAGUAUUCAAGGAGUUCAAGUUCAGAUAAUACCGGCUUAUUAUCAUCAUCUGAAUUAAGUGUUGGUGGUGCUGUCGAUCGGUUUAUCUCCUCGAAUCCUAGUGCAGCCUCUGCUCUCUACUCCUUUCUUGGUCUUGGAUCCACUGGUAGCGGUCAGGUGAAUUCAUCAUUGUGUUGUCCAUCAACUACUCCAAUUUUCCAGUCGAAUUUAUUAUCUUCUAUUAGUCAGGCGGCUGUAGCUGCCUUACUCUUACAACAUUCACGGACAGCAUCCAGCCUCCCAGUCUAUCCUACUGCUUCGAACAGUUCACUGCCUUUAAAUUGUACCAAUAAUCCUAAUUCACCUGUUAUUCUCACCUCUUCUUCAUCAGCAGGAGGAGCAGCACAGUUUCAUAAUCCUGUAGACGUUGUCAAUCAGACCAGUGGAACAGAUAAAUCAUUUAAUAAUAAUAAUAAUCAAGUUACUCAAUCGAUUGCUACAGCCUUCUCAACAAGUCAUCAUCAAUACAAUAAUAACAAUACUACUACUCCUUCUGCUAGUAGUAGUGGUUCAGAGUUUAUAAAUUCCUCCUUCAAUCUUUGUGAUCAACAAUUGAAUUUAUUAAAACAACUUCCAAGAUUUUUAAUUGGAUCUAGUGGUGUUGGAACAACUUCACCGCCACCACCAGCACCACCACCGACGACAACAACAGCAGCAAGUGGAAUUGAUAAUCUGUCACAGUUGCCUACUCAUCAUCAAUCUGCUGCUCAAUCUUUAAGACAAUUAGCCAACGCUUUAUUUUGGAGUUCAUUAGGAUCAAAAGCUAUUGAUUUAUUGUCAACAUUUGAAUCGGAUCUAUUACAACAACAACACCAGGCAAGUCAACAACAACAUCAAUCACCUCAACAGCUACAGCAGCAACAACACCAACAAUCCAUAAAUCCAUUAAAUUGUUCAAAUCCUCAUUUUUCACAUCAUCAUUCGACAGUAUCACAUUCAUCUGUCUCGACAACAGUAUCAAGAAUAGUAAGUAAUAAUCCUAUAAAUAGUAAAGGUUAUCAAGUUAAUAAUUCUAGAGAAGAUUCAGAGUCGAUUAAUAAAACGUAUCAUCAUCAUUCAUCGUUGUCGUCAACAGCAACCGCAACAACAACGUUAUUGAAUAGUGAAAAUCUACUUAAAGAUCAGCUACUACUUCCGUUGCAUUCCUCUUAUCCUAACAGUAAUAAUAAUAACACGAAUAUGUCUGCGCAUGUAGAAGGUCUUAUCAACUUUAUUAACAAGUCACCAACUCCAUUUCAUGGUAAGUAG